AUGGAGCGACACAACACAUCUCCCUCCAGGUUGAUCCAGUCUGCUCGAGAUGGCCUAUCCGAGAUGACGUGGACCACAUUCUUUGCCAUUCUGGUAUUUUCAUGCAUCGCGACCCGCGUUAUUAGCGGACUACAGAGCCGACAGCGUGAAUAUGAUCCCAAAGAGCCACGUACCUCGCGGUUGGCACCCUACUGGUUUCCCUGGAUCGGUCAUGGAUUCCAAUUUGUCUGGAAUCAUGUCGGCCUUCUUGAGUCUUUACAACAAUCCAUGAACGAGCCCGUGUUUGGCGUCUACCUGCGUGGUGAAACACAUGAGACCGUGGUAUCUCCAUCAAUGAUGAAGACUGUCAUGUCUUCAGAUGUUUCAAGCGCCCGUGUGCUCGACCAGGCUCUACAAAAUGUCUUCGGCGACUGCAGCCUUGUGCGCAAUCUGCAUCGUAAUCGCAAUCGAGAAAUCAAUGACGAUGUAGCCAAGCUCAUGAGUGAAGAUUCAUUUGCUAACGAUGUAUCAACCACCAUCACCAAGUUGCUGCAGAGGAACGCUUCAAGCUUAGUGACCUUUUCUCGCAGUCCCGUCGACAUGACCCCUUGGGAGCGUGAAAGCCAUGUGACCGUGUCUGAAGAGGACCAACCAGUCUGCGAAGCGAAUCUUUUUGAGCUCGUGCGAAGCUUCAUUGGCCACAAUCUCACUACUAUGAUGAUGGGCGAAGCCUUUAUGGAAAACUUCCCCAUGUUCCUUGGAGAUCUGUGGACUCUGGACAGAAACUUUGUGCCUUUGUUCUUUGGUGCUCGUCGCUGGAUGCCCACGCCCGGAGUAUCCUCGGGGUUCGCUGCGCGUGACCGGCUUCUUCAUAUCAUGUCAAUCUUUUGCCGUGCAUUUUCAGCCUGGGAUGACGGCAUUGACCCCGGAAUCGAACUUCGUGAUCUCGACGAUAUGUCCGAGCUGGUCAAGCAGAGAAUGCGAACUUUCCGUAAACUGGAAUUGUCCCCAAGAGCUAGCGCAGCGGGUCACUUGUCUCUGUACUGGGAUAUCAUCGAACACACCACCAAGAUUACUUUCUGGACAAUCAUUCACAUCUUUGCGGACAGUGCGCUUCUUAAAGAAAUCCGCACGGAAAUUGGCCCCUACGCGAAAUCCACUCGACUUAGCCGCAAGGAGACAGGCUUCCCCUUUGAAGAGCCUCCUAGACUCAGUCUCGAUCUCGAGAAACUGCUCGAUUCAUGCCCACUGUUCAAGGCAUGCUACUACGAAACCCUCCGCCUGCACUCUGCAGGAAUCUCAUUCAGAAAGUUGGAUUCAGACCUGACUCUGGUCGAAUCGACCGAAGACGCAACCGAGACUCGCAUGUACAAGUUGAGCAAGGGUGGGAAGGUCAUCAUACCGCACGGCGUGCACCAUAGUGACUCACAACGUUUCUCCAACCCGGAUCAAUAUGAUCCACUACGCUUCAUCACGACAGACGCCACAUCUGGUGCUAAGCGGGUCAGUGCAGACCCAAUUGCACCCUUCGCGGAUGGAUUGUACGGCUCGAAGAACAAUAAUUUCACGGAGCGGGCCAUUCUAGGAUUUACUGCGUCUAUCGUGUCGAUGUGGGAUAUUCAAUCGGCGAGUGGGGAGGAGCUUGCAGUGCCCCCACACAAGACGACCUGGGGUGCAUUCCAUCCGGCGAAGGACUUGAAGGUGAAGAUGAAGCCGACGGUAUAA